AUGUUCCGUGUAUUUUGGCAUAUUGGAUUUAUUAGUGGUGUAAUCGAGUUAGAAAGACAUCAAGCUCAGUGCAGUUACGUAAACGGAUCCGCUCGAAGCGACGUAGUGGAGGUAGCGUCUGGGAUCGAAGUGGGACCAUCACGAACUGCAAUGAAGAGUGGUGAUAGCAAGGCUCCCUCGAUCCUAAUCGCCAGCGCACCGCUUAGCGCUGUUUACCCAACUGGACUGGGUUUGAUGUCGUAG